GCUCCUCCACUUCUGCAUCUGAGAGGAGGAGAGACGAGCUCCAACUUCCUGUGUGUGUGUGUGUGUGUGUGUGUGCGCGAGAGAGAGAGAUCCUCCGCUACAAGCCGAGUUCAGCCUGGCUGCCUCUCCGGGAGGCUUGUGUGGCUUCUGCAGAACCGGGUUGAGGAGGGGAGCCUUCUGUGGAUGGUGUAUGGCCUCGGAGAGACGCCUGGGAGCCCCGUGCACCACUAGCAGCAGCAGCGGCCAUACAUGUGGAUUGUUUUGGGUCAAACCGUUCCUGCUUCACCCCUCCACCUCCUCCUCCUUCUCCGAGCGGCCGCUUCGGCUCGGCAGCGUUCGCCGCAGAUAGCGUGAGGGGAGCCGGCCUUCGUCUACCACAUCACCCGCUACGAGAAGAAGCCGCUACGAGCUGCACCGUGCAUGGUGCUGCGGGGUCGGAGGGAGUGGAUGAACCAGCCGGAGCUGACCCAGAGAUGGCUGUCCUCAAACUGGCCGACCAGCCUCCUCUCAUCCAGGCGAUCUUCAGCGGAGACCCUGAAGAGAUCCGAAUGCUCAUAUACAAGUCCGAAGACAUCAAUGCUCUGGAUGCAGAGAAGCGCACCCCGCUGCAUGCAGCCGCCUUCCUGGGCGACGCCGAGAUCACAGAGCUCCUCAUCCUCUCUGGGGCUCGGGUCAACGCCAAAGAUAACAUGUGGCUCACCCCCCUCCAUCGCGCCGUGGCUUCUCGGAGCGAGGUGACUGCACGCACACACACACACACUCCUACUGAGUCCCAGUCCUUUCCUCUUCCCAAAACAACAACAAGAGAGAGAUCCUCGCUGUGCCACAGGUGUCGAGGAGCUGAGCCGCACCCCGUGGAGUCGGUGCGAGUUUUGAUCCGCCACUCGGCGGACGUGAACGCGCGGGACAAGAACUGGCAGACGCCGCUGCACGUCGCCGCGGCCAACAACGCGCUGCGCUGCGCCGAGGUCAUCAUCCCGCUGCUGAGUAGCGUCAACGUGUCGGACCGCGGCGGACGCACCGCGCUGCACCACGCCGCCCUCAACGGCCACACCGAGAUGGUAAACCUCCUCCUGGCUAAAGGGGCCAACAUCAACGCCUUCGAUAAGAAAGAUGGCCGCGCGCUGCACUGGGCAGCUUUCAUGGGUCAUUUGGAUGUGGCGUGUCUGCUGGUGAGUCAGGGAGCCGAGAUCAGCUGUAAGGACAAACGGGGAUACACUCCCCUCCACGCGGCGGCCUCCAGCGGGAAGAUCGCUGUGGUCAAACACCUGCUGAACCUGACGGUGGAGAUAGAUGAGAGCAAUGCAUUUGGGAACACGGCCCUCCACGUGGCCUGUUUUAACGGUCAGGACGCCGUCGUCAGCGAGCUGAUCGAUUACGGCGCCAACGUCAGCCAGGCCAACAACAAGGGCUUCACCCCGCUGCACUUUGCCGCCGCCUCCACACACGGAGCGCUCUGUCUGGAGUUCCUGGUCAACAACGGGGCGGAUGUCAACGUGCAGAGUCGUGACGGGAAGAGUCCUCUUCACAUGACGGCAGUUCACGGACGCUUCACUCGCUCCCAGACGCUCAUCCAGAAUGGCGGGGAGAUCGACAGCGUGGACAAGGACGGCAACACCCCUCUCCACAUCGCUGCCCGCUACGGUCAUGAACUCCUCAUCAACACGCUCAUCACAAGCGGAGCAGACUGCACGAGGCGAGGAGUCUACGACAUGUUCCCUCUCCACCUGGCUGCCUUGAACGCUCACUCUGACUGCUGCAGGAAGCUGCUGUCCUCAGGCUUCCAGAUAGACACUCCUGACAGCAUGGGGAGGACCUGCCUGCACGCCGCUGCUGCCGGAGGUAAUGUGGAGUGUGUUAAGCUGCUCCUGAGCAGCGGUGGAGACCACAACAGGAGGGAUAAGUGCGGCAGAACCCCCCUGCACUACGCGGCCGCCAGCCGUCACUAUCCGUGUCUGGAGACUCUGGUUGCUUGUGGCACCGCCGUCAACGCCACGGACCAGUGGGGGCGCUCCGCCCUGCACUACGCCGCUGCCUCGGACCUGGACCGGAGGCGUCGUGUGGCUCUGGAGCCGGAGAGUGAAGGCGUUCAGGCGGAGAGGGAGAAAGAAGCAGCGCUAUGUUUGGAGUUCCUGCUUCAGAGCGGAGCCACAGCCUCUCUGAAGGACAAACAGGGCUACAGUCCCGUCCACUAUGCUGCAGCGUACGGACACAGGCACUGUCUGGAGCUGCUGCUGGACAGAGACGACAGUCACCAAGACGACCCUGAAUCUCCGAACGCUCGGAGCCCGCUGCACCUCGCCGCGUACCACGGCCACGCUCAGGCCCUGGAGGUGCUGCUGCAGGGGGAGCGGGAGGUGGACCAGGGGGACGAGGCGGGGAGGACCCCUCUGGCCCUGGCCGCCCUCCGGGGCCACGCCGAGUGCGUUCACACCCUCCUCGGCCAGGGGGCAUCGCCACGCUCCACCGACACCCAUUACGGACGCAACCCAGUCCACCUGGCAGUGAUGAACGGUCAUACGACGUGUGUGCGCCUCCUGCUGGAUGAAUCGGACGGUGCAGACCUGGUGGAUGCUGCCGACUCUCAGGGACAGACUCCUCUGAUGCUGGCGGUGGCAGGCGGUCAUGUGGACGCCGUGUCCCUGCUGCUGGAGCGAGAAGCCAACGUGAACCUGGCGAGUAACAACGGCCUCACGGCACUGCACCUCGGGCUGCUGUGUGGUCAGGAGGAGUGCAUCCAGUGUCUGUUGGAGCAGGAGGCCUCGAUUUUGCUCGGCGACUCUCGAGGUCGAACCGCCAUCCACCUGGCCGCCGCCCGAGGUCACGCCUCGUGGCUGUGCGAGCUGCUGAGCAUCGCCUGCUCCGAGCCGCCGUCCCUCCCCCCGCUGAGAGACCACAGCGGGUACACGCCGCUGCACUGGGCCUGCUACUACGGUCAUGAGGGGUGUGUGGAGGUGCUGCUGGAGCAGAAGGGUUGUCGCUGUAUUGAUGGGAACCCGUUCACUCCUCUGCACUGUGCUGUGGUGAACGAUCACGAGCCUUGUGCGUCGCUGCUGCUGGAGGCCAUGGGGUCGGACAUCGCUGGCUGCAAAGACGCUAAGGACAGGACUCCUCUUCACGCCGCAGCGUUCUCGGGUCACGUUGACUGCGUCCAGCUGCUCCUGUCCCACGAUGCACCUGUGGACUCUGCGGACCAAUCGGGUCGCAAUGCACUGAUGAUGGCGGCUGAGAAGGGCAGAGCCGGAGCUCUCGAGGUGCUGUUGACCAGCACCAGCUCCAACCUCAGUCUGACGGACAAAGACGGCAACACCUCCCUGCAUCUAGCUUGCAGUAACGGAAAGGAAGACUGUGUGAUGUUGAUCCUGGAGAAGCUGUCUGACACGGCGCUUAUAAAUGCCACAAAUGCAGCGCUGCAAACUCCUCUCCACCUGGCGGCUCGUAGCGGUCUGAAGAAGGCGGUCCAGGAGCUACUGUCCCGAGGAGCCAACGUUCAGACGGUGGAUGAGAACGGUCUGACGCCUGCUCUGGCUUGCGCUCCUAGCAGAGAGGUGGCUGACUGUCUGGCUCUCAUUCUGGCUACCAUGAUGCCUUUCUGCUCCCCUUGCAGCUCCGGGGCUCCCUCACCAGGCUCCCUGCUGAGGCAGCUGCCCCACCAGGGGGGUAAAGUCCCGGGCACCGGCCCUCGGGGGCCACGCAGCCCCAGGAACCCCUCCGGACCCUCGAGCGAGGGAACCACCGAGAACGACUCGGAGGACUCUGAAACCUUCUGACCCCUCCGAACCGACUCCCUACCCUCCUACCUGGAGCUGUGCACCUGCACAUGUUACCUUUCCUCCCCUGCAGGACCGAUGCAGUGUUUUAGACUGUAAAGUGCACUCUUGAGGGAGACGGGUAGAGACUUGGUUGUGACACAGCUCAGAUGUUUUGCAGUGUCUGUAUCUUGUACAGAAUCGCCCUCCAGUGUGACACCAGGCUGGAAGCCCUACAGCGCUUUUUCUUAGUGCCCACAUUUCCAAAAACAAUGAGCGGAGCAGCCGCACUGUCCCGGACUGACUACUGCAGCUGAGUGAGUUGCUCCACGAAGAAGAAGAAACCGAUCUGGACCAGUUCUGGUACGGGUCUGCAUGCUUGUGUUAACUCACACCACGGUUUGUUCUUUCUACUCAUGGGUGCUUAAAUCCAAACGGACCUCGGUACUUUAGUCUCUGCAUGGCAAAGCAACUCGCCUCUGAGACUUGUCUUAAAAAAAGAAGCCAUUUUUAACUUUGUACAAAAUGUAAUGGGCCAUUAAGACAGCUAAGUGUCAUUCUAACCUUUUUUUAUGAUCUUAGGCUUGUUGUUGUACCAAAUAUUUGACUUCCACACAGAAAUAAUGAUGAACAGGUACAUAGAGCUUGCUUAUUUUAAAACAACUGAAGCACAAAUUUGGAUGUUGCUUUUAGGUUUUGAUGAACUGUUGCUGGAAUGUGAAUAAGAUGUUUAGUAGUUUUAAAUAUUCAUCACAAUAAUUAGAAUACGACACACUGGGUACAUCUCGAUUCCCUCAGUUGCAUCCACAUUUCUCUCAUUUGCACGAGGAGAGAUUCAGGAAAAGAUGCGAGACAUUUCUACUAGCAGCAUUUUGUUGCUAUUGUGUCUGUAAAUUCAUUCUUAAAGAAGUUGAGUUACAAUCAGAAUCUUAUAUUUCAAAAUCUCCACUUUUCCUAAAACAUUUAGGCUACUUAAUCAUUCCAACGAGCUAUAUCUCAAAUUGAAAUAUAGUUGUAAAAGGCUAACAGUUAGCUCAAGGACAGAGGAGCGAGGAACCAUCGAAUAAGGGAAUAGGGAUGUACCCACUGAUUGAACACAGGGUUUGUGCAGAAGGCUGAGAUGUAUGCAUUGUAUCCUGUGACCUUGAGCGGCCUCCUGCACCGUUUUGACGUCACGUCCCCCCCCCCCACUUCCCAAUUCCCACCUGGGCAGCUCAGCCCAGACUCUCCACAAAGACCAAAUUUCUCCAGCUCUGUUAGGUCUCCCCCACUUUGUUGUGGUAUUUAUUAUCUAUUACAUAAUGGUACAAAUACUGCCAGCACUUAAAAUGUAAAAUAACACAGGGUCUUGACCACUCCCCCCCCCCGUUUGUCUCCCUACCAGCUAUGUGCCAUUGUCUCAAACGUGUCCAGUGCCUUGAUGUUGAUUCAACUUCUUUCAUAACGAGUCUUUAGUUUGUGGAUUCUAAUACUCUUAAAGAAUCAGCUCACCUAAAUAACUGAACCCUGGUGGUGUUGAGCCGUGCGGGUUUGUCCGGGUUUUCAGAUAUUUGCCCUCAAUUGACAAACAGUCGAGAGGCAGAAAGCAGGAAACGAAGGGAAAGAGAGAGGAGAGGAUGACAUGCAACACGGGUACAUUGUGGGUUAUAGAGUUACAUGUCAGACUCCUUCAAAGCUAAAGUACAUUUGCAUAAAAGAUUUCCCAGAUUCAGUGAUGAAAAGCUCCAGAAGAGCGACUAAAUGAACCGCUAUAAAGAACUCGAACGUGGACAGAAAGUCCUUUUAAGUGCAAGAAAAUUUAAACAUCCUCAAAUGGGAUAACUUCCCUCUGCUGAAGAAGUUCAUGUGAUGUGAUUGAAAACUGUUUCGUCGCAGUUAUUUUGAAAAAUCGCCGGAGCUCACUGUGCACGCGUUACUUUUUAAAGAAUUUGUUGUACUCCAGCUGAAAGUAUUAGUCGAUUUGUCAAUCAACAGAAAAUAAAUCGGCAACUGUUUUUAAAAAAUAUAUUAAUAUUGAAAGUAAUAUUUUUAUGCAAAAA